AUGGGGGUGCUUGCGUGGUUGCCAUUUUGCAAUGAGGUGCGGCACACCGUGCCGGAGCAGCCGUUGAAGUUCCGGGACAAGGAGCAGCAGGGGUCCAUGACCAUGCUCGAGCUCAUAGAGAAGUACGUGCCCGAGUUCCAGGACCGGGCGACACAGCUCUUCCACCCGGUGCUUCCGACGGGGCACCUGCAGACCAUAUUUGCCUCGCUGAGGAACUUUGAGACGGUGGAUGUGGUGUACUACGAGCGGAUGAUGUUGAGCUACCACGACGGCGGCGUGGGCGCGUUGGACUUCGCGACGUCGGCGGCGAGUCUUGAGCACUUCCAGGACUUGCCGAACGAGGUGCCGCCGCACCAGCACCGGGCGUUGACCGACCGGUACCGCUACUUGACUGCCAAGGAGAUCGACGAGCUCGCCUCGAACGACGCAAAGCCCAUGCUCAUUGUCAUGCACGGCCUUACGGGCGGGUCUGACGAGGGCUAUGUGCGCGCGAUCGUGAACCGCGCGCGCGACGUCUACGGCUUCGAGGCCUGUGUGUUGAACAGUAGGGGCUGCGCACAAAGUUCGAUCACGACGCCCUCUUUGUACAACGGCGCCUGGACGGACGACAUCCGGCACUGCGUCAAGGUGCUACGCGGGAUGUACCCACAACGGAAGUUCUACCUUGUCGGGGUUUCGCUCGGGGCGUCCAUGGCCACCAACUACUUGGGCCAGGAGCAAAACAGCUCGGACAUUGAGUGCGCCGCCGUCUUGGGCAAUCCGUGGGAUUUGACGAGUGGGGCCUACAACCUAAGCAAGGGCCUUCUAUCGCGCUACGUGUACUCGCCAGCGCUCCGCAAGAACUGUGUUCAGGUUCUAAAGAGCAACAUACGGCAGUUGAGACUGGAUCCGUACAUGAAGAAGCAGUACGAUGAGAAACUAAACUCUUUGCAGACGAUUGAGGACUUCGACAAUGAGUUCACGGCCAAGAUGUUCGGCUUCAACACCUCCUACGAAUACUACAGACAUGCCAGCAGCGUAAAUCGGUUACCCCAGGUGAGAACUCCCUUGCUUGCGAUCAACGCUUUGGAUGACCCGAUUGUCGGCUCAGAGGCCCUCCCACGUCGUGAAGUCGCCAUAAAUCCGUAUGUCGUGCUUCUUGAAACGUCGAAGGGAGGUCACAUAGGCUGGUUUGAUUACAAGGGCAGUCGCUGGUACGUUGAUCCGUUGUGCAGAUUUUUCUACGCCUUCCACCGCGAAAUAACCAAAAAGAACAUGAUUCCCGACCUUGAUGGUGUCGUCUUACCUCACCCCCACAAAUUCGAGAAAGACAGGCUCGUCAAUCCACUUGUGAGAGAGUGGGAUACGGGAAGGCAGGGUUCCUCUUAA